AUGUAUUCAGCUUCCGUCACAGAGGCGUACGACUUGGAAGAGUGUCAACGCGCCAUGAACAGCUUUUCGUUCCCAAAGCCGGAAGACUCGCCGCAGAAGUCUCGCAGAAGCUCUAAUUAUUUAAACACUCCUCAGACCCCGACCAUCCAAGAAUCCGACAACGAGAGCGACGAAAAAAACCUUUGGCAAGCCGACGUGUCGCCGCUCCAGCACGCCGGCAGCCGCAAGAAGCUCAAGUACGACAAGUACGAGCAGCCGCGCACCAUUUUGCUGGCCAGCUCUUUUGGCGAGCUCUCGCUCAAACCGCACCAAAGACACCAGUCGCUGCAUCGGCCCUCGUCCGCAUCUGAAUACUCCAGUCCCGCCUCGCCCAGACAGCACCGUAGAUCGCUAAGCCGCACCGGAGCGGCCAUCCAGGAUGACCUCGCCAGUGUCCUAGGACGCUCUUCCAGCUCGCUGAGAUCGCCCGUGAGCUCUGUGCAUUCAUCGCCAAAAGCAGAGCCCGCAAUGACGGACGAGUGUCUCUGCUCGCCGCUCCUGAAGGAGGAGAAGUCGCGGAUGGACAGUUUCAGUUUUGGAGCACGGCCCAAGUACGACAACCUUCCGCAGGAGCUGAUUGACCUGGACAAGGUGGAGCAUUAUAGUUGA